UGUGACCUCGGCUUCGGGGUUGGUGACGCAUGUCACACAGGGUAUAAUAUCAGACCACUACCUGCGAGGUCUGGACAGUGGGGACAACAACGUGCUCAGCACAGACACAUCAUAGCACCUCCAGCCCAGCGGGGAAAAAAAAAGAUGACAGACAUGCUGUGGGCCAGAUCUGCCCCAGCUCCCUUCUCCCAUGCCACCAUUCUGCUGUUGACCGUGGUCUCCAUGGUGACCGUCAGGUUUGGGGAGACCAGGUCUCUUAGGUACACCCCGUACACUGCAGAUGAAGACCCAGAGAUUGCAGCCAUGCGGGUCCUGAGGCAAAUGAACGAGGAGCUGUCGACCGAGGCCCCGCCCUCCCCGCACCGCCCCGCCCACUGGCCCACGGCACUGGCCAAUCCACUGCCGGGAGGGGCCGGCCUUCCCAGGAGGUCGUGGUGGUGGUACCCCGAGGUGCCGCCACAACAGGCCAAGAAGCGGGAAAACUUCUCCUCCUACAACUGGAACUCUUUCGGUUUACGUUAUGGGAAAUGACUCGGAAGCGAGCUGUCAAUCACUCUAACCCCGCCUCCCGCCCUACCCCCCAUAAAUAACAACAAUAAAAAAAAUAAUAAAUGAAUAAACUAAGAAAUAAAUAAUUCAGCCACAUGAUUUCUUACUUCAUCAGGUGAAUUAAAUUUGUUUUAAUGACAUGGGUUUAAUUUCAAUAAUCAUCAUAUGCUACUGGUUAUGCAUUGAGGCCAUUCAGGUGAGGUACCUUCGUUUGGUUGAAAGUAUGGUGUGCGUAUACAUCUCCAAUUGCAUUGUUGAAAUACAGUUAAAUAUCUAUUUAAAAAAAAAAAAACACAUUAAACAAAUGCAGACAUUGUAAAUUUUGCCUCAUCGUCAUUGUUUGAUUUGAAAAUACCAUGAUGGUGUGGGUCUGUCUCGUGCCCUUAGAAGGAAAGGUCAAAGUUCAUUGUUGCUUAAUGGUAUUGAAUGUAAAAACAAGUCUUUCCUGCAAAGAUGAGUGUCAGUGAUAAACCCUGUCCAUUGAGCAAGAGUAGUCACCCACUGACAGCAUGACACAGAUGGCAGCCAGAUGUCAUAAUCCUCUCAGUCAGCAGUUCAGAAACCAAUCAGACAUUAAUUAGCACUAAUGUAUUACUGAGGAGAUGGAGAACUAGAAUUAUUCAUUUAUUAAAAUGAUAAACAAGUAUUGUAAUCAUUAUGCAUAUUGUACAAUCUUAAUUAAUGUUCAAAUAAAUGUAUAACAUUCACUGCCUAAUACAAUUUAUCAUCAUAGCAAGCAAUGCAUUUGUACUUUGUAUGUGAAUGUGUCUCAUCUUUGUAAACUUUGAUUUUCAUUGCUGUAUAACCAUGGGAAAGAUGUAUGUUUGUUUGCAAUAAACUGCAAAGCUAAAUAUGCUGUAUGCACUGUGUGAAUAAAAAACUUGU